GUCGUUUAUGAAAUGGAUGGCCUAAAUAGGAGCUCAUGAAUCAUGGGUGUCUUUCUCUCACAUGGAGUCUAUAAAAAUACUUAUAAAUAAUCAUGGCAGUCCCCAUUCUAUACAUUCGUUUGCAACAAGAAGGACCUAACCGACAAAGAAGCUAUCCUAGCAUAAAACAACCGAGCAACCCAAUUGAAUUCCCGAAGAUCUAAAAGAUAAAGAUGAUCCAAGAACUGUUGGGGGGUGCUACUAGCCUCAUAGCAGGAGAAAGGAAAAUCUCCAUUAACGGAGGAGGAGGACUUCUACGACCACCACCCACACCUUCUCCAACUUCACUCCCUUCUUCUCCUUCUCCUUCUUGUACAACGAGUGUCACCACUUCCACAACCACAACCCCCGCCUCGUCCACUUCAGACAACCAAAACUUGAGGUGCCCACGAUGCGAUUCUUCAAACACCAAGUUCUGUUACUACAACAACUACAACCUCACUCAGCCGCGCCACUUCUGCAAGACAUGUCGCCGUUACUGGACCAAAGGUGGUGCUCUCAGGAAUGUUCCCAUCGGAGGUGGCUGCCGGAAAAACAAGAACGCCGGCGUGUCCAACUCGGGGGCUAAGCAAACAGCUACAAAGAUGAAAGCGGUAGCCUCUGAGUUUGGAAGGUCAUCAUCAGGACUUGGUCCUAAUAACUUCGACCAAGAGCUUCCACAAACCCCAAUUCUUUGGGGUUCACCGCAAAAUACUCAUCUGAUGGCUUUACUGAGAGCUGCCCAAAAUCAAAACCCUAACCCUAACCCUAGUCCCAUGUCUGUUACUGUCAAGGAAGAAGGGAACUUAAUGGGAUCGCAGUCCCACGUGGUGAAUGAGCCAUUACUUGCAAAUGGGUUGAUGAGUCCUAGAACUCUUGGUUACGAUGGAGUUGGACAAGUUCCUUCACUGGGUCUAUGCAGUUCUUUUUGGAGAAACAAUCAAGAUCAGACUCAACAACAAAGUAACGGCUUUGUACUUGGAGAGCAUCCAAGCAGUGGAAUUCAAGAACUUUACCACAAGCUCAGAUCAUCUUCGUCAGUGAAUUAUUGUGGCAGUGAUAACUCGCCAGUGUUUCUAGGCAACAUGGCUUCUUCCUCUUCUUUAUCCAGCAUUUUGGAGUCGUCUUCAGUUUCUGGGAACAGUGAAUUCGGGUGCUGGAAUCCAACCCUUGCCUGGUCUGAUCUUCCGACAACAAAUGGAGCAUAUCCAAAUUAACCGCAGUAACUGCUUUUAUCUUUUUUGUUCACUACUGUUCUUUUUUCUUUUUUUUUUCUCGAUAUUAGAUAGAACUCCUUAAUUUAUAGUUUAUAGUUGAUAAUCUGUAUUUUGGAGUCUCUUACUUUUAUGUUUGUUUGGUUGGAUUUUAGAUGGUUAAUGAAUAUGGAUGUGUAGUAUUAGAUUUUUCUUUCUUUCACUCUCGUGUCUUUCUAUCGUUUGCUUCCGUCUGGAUGUUUGGUUAAUGGUGUUUGUUUUGCUAUCUCGUAAGGCAUUUCAAGGUCUACCAGAGGGUUUGCAAUGAAUGAAAAACAAAGUG